AUGUCUGUAGACUACCAGCAAAUUGCUGACAGCUGGCUACGCGAGUUCGCGCGCGCUGCGUUCACGGGAGACGUUAACAACACAGUGCAAACGUUCCUCCCUCAUGGAUGGCUUCGAGACGCUCUUGUAUUUACUUGGGACACUCGCUCUCUAGAAGGUCGCGAUAGUAUCGCGGCAUACCUCUCCGAUACUCUCUCUGCUGCUCAUCUAUCGAACUUUAAACUAGAUGAACAGCCUGGGUUGCGCGCGGAGCCCGCUCUCGAUGGCAAUGCAAUCGCGGCCGGAUUCACAUUUGAAAUGCCUGACCGUCGAGCCCAUGGUUACGUCUACUUGCUCCGGGAAGAGGAUUCUGGUGAAUGGAAGGCGUUGACGUUGUUCACCAAUCUUGAGGACAUCAAAGGCUAUGAAGAGAUAGGUCCAGAGCCAGGGUCAUAUGGUGGACAUACACUGGCUUGGGAGGAAGUGAAUGGCUCUAGACGAGCUAGAAUCGAGAAUGAUCCAUACGUUUUAAUCUUGGGUGCGGGACAGACGGGUCUACAAAUCGCGGCACGUUUCAGGCAAAUGGACAUCCCAACUGUGGUUUUAGAGAAGAACAAGAGAGUAGGAGACCAAUGGCGGCAGCGCUACCCGACACUGUCGCUGCACACUACGCGCAACCACCACACACUGCUUUACCAGCCUUACCCUCGGAAUUGGCCCCUGUACACCCCCCGGGACAAGGUUGCAGACUGGCUGGAACAGUAUGCGCAGUCGCAGGACCUCAUCGUAUGGACUAGUUCUCAGAUCCUGCCGACACCGACGUAUGACGCGGUCCGUCAUCGGUGGGACGUUGUCGUCGACAAGGACGGCACUUCUGUCAGGCUGCGUCCAGCGCACAUCGUCGUUGCCACUGGGUUCCUCGGCCCGCCGCGCAUACCUGAAGUCCCUGGCAGGAACGUUUUCAAGGGUACAGUUAUGCACGCCAGUGCGUACAUGGGCGGCCGCCCGUUUGUGGGCAAGCGCGCUAUCGUCGUUGGUGCGGGGAACACGUCCGCCGACAUCUGCCAGGACCUUGCCUUCCGUGGGGCACAAGAGGUGACAAUGGUGCAGCGCUCGUCAACGUGCGUAAUAUCUAUAGGAACAGUGAAGGAAGCUAUGGAUGAGCAUUAUCCCGACGGGAUGCCGUCUGACGUUUGUGAUCUGCGUUUUAACGCUAUGCCGCUUGCUUUGCAGCGACGGAUGGCUCGUGCUAGAGAGGCAGAGAUGUGGGAGAAUGAGAAGGAGCUGCACGCGAAAUUGCGCGGGAGCGGUUUGAAGUUAAACAUGGGUAGGGACGGUUCGGGACAGCACUUCCUGAUUUUCGAGCGAGCUGGAGGUUUCUGGAUCGAUGUCGGUGUAGCAGAUAUCAUUAAUUCAGGCAGAGUCAAGGUGAAGCAAGGUAUCGAGAUCGAGCGCCUUACGGAGAAUGGAGCUCUGUUCACGGAUGGCUCAGAGCUUGAGGUUGAUUUGGUUGUGCUUGCAACGGGCUACGCUGAUUGCCGUGUGAGCCUGAAGGAAGUCUUUGGGGAUGAUAUCGUUGCACGUACUCCAUAUCUUUGGGGCAUGGAUGAGGAAGGGGAGCUCCACGGUUGCUAUAGGCCAUCUGGGCAUCCAGGGUUGUGGUAUACUGGUGGUGACUUCGCUAUGUCCCGAUUUCUGUCGAAACAACUGGGUCUGCAAAUCAAAGCAUCGGAGCUGGGUUUGAGGCCAUUUAUCUAA